AUGUCAGAAUUCAAGGUCAAAACUGGGCUAGCCCAGAUGUUGAAGGGCGGUGUAAUUAUGGACGUCGUUACACCUGAACAGGCUAUUAUCGCUGAAAGAGCGGGCGCUUGUGCUGUAAUGGCAUUAGAACGCAUUCCAGCUGACAUGCGCAAGUCUGGCCAAGUAUGCCGCAUGUCAGAUCCCCACAUGAUCAAAGAAAUUAUGGAAGCUGUUUCGAUUCCAGUGAUGGCAAAGGUCCGUAUAGGACACUUUGUGGAGGCACAAAUCUUAGAAGCGCUACAAGUAGAUUACAUCGACGAAAGUGAAGUCUUGACUCCAGCUGAUUGGACACACCACAUUGAAAAGAAUAAUUUUACGGUCCCAUUUGUUUGCGGUGCCAAGGAUUUGGGUGAGGCAUUGAGAAGAAUAAACGAAGGUGCUGCAAUGAUCCGUACCAAAGGUGAAGCAGGUACUGGUGAUGUUUCCGAAGCUGUCAAGCACAUCACCAAGAUUAAGGCGGAAAUCCAGCAGUAUAGAGAGACUUUGAAAGACGAGUCGGAUUUUGCUGCAAAAUCCGCAGAACUACGGGUUCCCAUAGAGUUAUUGAAAACCACACUAUCAAAGGGAAAGCUUCCUGUAGUCAAUUUCGCUGCUGGUGGGGUUGCUACUCCCGCAGACGCUGCUUUAUUGAUGCAAUUGGGCUGUGAAGGCGUUUUUGUUGGCUCAGGUAUAUUCAAAUCAUCAGAUCCUGAGAAGUUGGCAUGCGCUAUUGUUGAAGCCACAACUCACUACGAUAACCCAGAAAAACUAUUAAAAGUGUCCAGCGAUUUGGGUGAUUUGAUGGGAGGCAUUUCCAUCCAAUCAAUCAAUGAAGCAGGAGGUAAAAACAGCGCAAGACUUUCUGAAAUCGGGUGGUAG